CCAGUUGUUUUGAAAGGUUUAGUAAGCACUAAAAUUGAAUUCCACAUAAACAAAAGUCAGAACUAUGAACAUAUAAAUCAUUUCGCCAUCAAAAAGCAUCAGUUCUUAACAACUUGACGUUAACGUGUGUUCUGGACAAACUCAGAUCACAGACAGCAGGCAGUGAGCAAGCGAAAGGACUUACUUGUUAAGGUUGUAGGAAGAUGUUGAUGCUACCAUGUGUUCCAUAAUGAUGUAUCUCUGUUGUAACAGCGACCCAAUACACUGACUGCAUUUCUACUUAAAAGUACCUCAUAUAAAUACUGGUUCAAAAUGACUGGGGAGUUGGCAAAAGAGUACCUUUUUCAAGAUGAGAGUCAUUCUUGUGACUUACUUAGGAAUCUGAAUGAUUUAAGAGAAGCUGGUUUGUUAACUGAUGUGAUUAUUUGCACCGGAGAAUGUGAAUUUUAUUGUCACAGAAGUGUACUUGCUUGUAGUAGCCCUUACUUCAAAGCAAUGUUCUGCAACCAUUUUCGAGAGAGUGGUGAACAAAGAGUGAACAUCAUAGGACUUGAUUCAGACUCAUUGCGCCAAAUUAUCAACUAUGUUUACACUGGUGAAAUCUUAAUCACAAAGGAAAAGGUGCUGGGUCUAAUUCAAGCAGCUUCAAUGCUACAGUAUGAAAACUUAUUGGAAGUCUGUUCCAAGUACCUCCUGGACCAAUUGAAUCCACAAAACUGCUUAAGCAUGAUCCACCUUUCUGAACUUUUUAACUGUUUGAAUCUCAAACAGAAAGCUACAGAAAUGGCGUUGCAAUGUUUUCCAGAGGUUUCUAUGUCUGAUGAUCUUAAGGAUCUUUGUGUUCUAGAUUUACUAAAUUAUCUUGGAGAUGAUGACCUCUGUGGUAAUGAGGAACACGUUUUUGAAACCUUAAUGACCUGGAUCCAACAUGACUUCCAAGGACGUAAGUGCUACUUGCAGGAAUUAUUUAAAAAGGUUAGACUGCAAUAUGUCCAUCCAACAUUCCUUUUUCACUUCAUUGCCAGUGACCCUCUUAUCCAGUCUUCCCCAGUGUGCAAAAGCAUUUUGGAGACAGCAUGUUCCUUAAUGUUUUCUCUCAACAUUACCCUUGCUCCAGAUAUCAAACCCAUGUGGCAAGUCCCAAGGCGUUUUUCACACCAGGAAUUCCUUAUCAAUGUUGGUGGAAGAAAAGAUAGCCAGCAGACCACUAGAGAUGUUUUGUUAUAUAGUGAAAAGACCAACCAGUGGCUGAGACUUGCUAAGCUUCCAUUUCGCCUUUACAAGGCUUCAGCUGUGGGUUUGCAUGGUAAUGUCUUUGUUUUAGGAGGAUUGACCAUUGACAGCAAGAAAAACACAGUUAACUCUACUGUUUACAUUCUGUCUCUCAAAUUAAACCAGUGGCGCAAGGGUGAACCAAUGCUUUUCGCACGUUAUUCCCAUAGAAGUAUAGCAUACAAAAACUAUAUAUACUCUAUUGGAGGAAUUGGUGAAAAUCAGGGAAUUCUGAGCUCGGUGGAAAGAUUUGACAGGAUUUAUAACAAGUGGGAGACCAUGGCAAGUAUACCAGUAGCCGUCCUUCACCCAGCUAUUGCUGCUGCAGACCAAAGAAUCUACCUUUUUGGUGGGCAAGAUGUAAUGCAGAAUCCUGUCCGGCUCAUACAGGUUUACCAUACUUCACGAAACAUGUGGUUCAGAAUGGAGACCAGGAUGGUAAAAAAUGUAUGCGCUCCUGCAGUUGUGGUGGGAGAUCAGAUCUUCAUAAUAGGAGGUUAUACACGAAGAAUCAUUGCCUAUGAUGUGAAACUAAACAAGUUUAGAAAAUGUGCUGACAUGAAGGACAGAAGAAUGCAUCAUGGUGCCACAGUUCUGCAAAAUAAAAUCUAUGUGACAGGCGGACGUUGUCUUACUGUAGAUAACGCCAUUGAGGAUACAGAUUCAUUUGACUGCUAUGAUCCUGAAACAGACACCUGGACGUCAAAGGGAAAACUUCCAAGCAGAUUAUUUGAUCAUGGGUGCAUAACUCUUCAAUGUGUGCCGUCUUAUUUAGUCUAAAGAAGACACUGAACCAAUUUCUUCUGUACUUUACCAUUAUUAAAGAUAGCAAUGAAUCUUCACUUUACUCUGUAAAUAUAAUCAGUUUUAAUUACUCAUCAUUUCAAUCCCAAAGGAAACAUAAAUCCACUCACUGUAUUUUUUCCUACUAGUUGAAGGUACAAGGAAACAAUCUAGUGCUAUGUUGCAUCUGAAAGAGGACAUUCUAAAAUGUGUUGAGAAAAAAAAACAAUAUGUAGAGCAGGUGGAGUUUUGCUUAUGAGUCAGUAAGCAAGUAGUUUUUAGGGCCCAGUUGCAUGUACUAAACAACUUUGCGUUAAACUUUUAAUAUAUAGAUUCCCCCUUUUCCUGUAGUUUAAGUCUGAAAAUUACGUUUUCCAAUUUUGAUAACUGCAAGAGCACAUGGCAGACUUCUCAAGCCUAACCGUAACACAUAUCUGUCCCUCAUUGGCUUCAGCAGGGAUUAUCUGAUAAGGGACGGCAAAACAAUUAAUAUUUUGUGAACAUAAUCACCGUUGAUAGCUGUGUCUACUCUAGUAGCAAGUUCUGAUUGGUAUCUCCAAAUGAAGCAAGUGAUGGGUGGAGCUUGACUAUUGAAAAACAAUUGCAGCAAAUAUAGUCGUAAUGUACUGAAAAUAUUUUAAAACUCACCCUCUGUGUUAAUUGAUUGCAACAACUCUUAAGCUUGACCUUUUUCAUGCAAAUAUUUUUAAAUAGGGCUCCUGCAUAUGCAUGAACGAUAAUUUUGGAGCUUAAUAUCCCUUUAAUUACCAUGAUCAAUUUUCAAGAAAUGCACCUGUCUCUAUAAAUUGUAAAAAUUAAUUAUAUAUUUUGAAUGCUAAUAUGAUGCAAUUGAAACACAGCAAUUAAAGCAACUGUAUAAUUCAGUAUAUUUUAAUGUAACAUACUGUAACUAUAGAUUAUAGUUCAUAUUUUUUUCCAUGAAAUCUGAGAUGCAGAAUUCUAGUGCAAACAAUAUGUUUUUGUUUUAUUAUUAUUUUUAUUGUUAUUUUAUUUUUAUUCAUUGUUUUUUCACCCUUACAAAGGUGUUACACAAAUAGACUUGGUCUUUAUUAAUUAAAGUGAAAAAAAAAAACAGUUUUUGAUAUUCGUUAGUAAAACAAAUGCAGAAAAAGUCGGUGGACUGUGGAAUUCGGCUAAUUUUCGCCCUGACUUUUUUAGAGAAAAUAUGCAACACAUUAAUAUAUGUAUUUGCACAGAUAUUAUUGUGUCGCAAAUUAUCUCUACGAAAUCCAGUGCCAAUUAGCCCAAUGCGGCAGACCUAAGCCAUUUACGGCAUUCGUUUUUCUAACGAAUAACGAAAGCUGAAUUUUUGCACAUCCCUUGUUUUCAUUGCUUUUUUUUAUAGUUUACAGCCGCAAUAGGCCAUAGUCAAUAUAGUUCUCCUUUUCAGCUCCCUAUUAGGUUGGUGAGCCAAUCAAAUGCAGGUAUACGAACAUAUUGUUCAUAUAUCAGUUUCAUCCUGACCAGGAAAGGUACAGGGGUUGGUGUUCUUGGAGAGUGAAUUAAACUAUUAGUUUAAAUUAGACAUGUGCGAUUCAGUUCGGUUCGGAAAUUCUGAAAAUUCUGAAAAUUCGGCGAUUUGGAUCGAACCGAAUUUCCGAAUUAAAAUUUUGCCGAAUUUUCCAAAUCGAACUGAAUCGAAUCGAAUCGAUUCGUAAAUUUGGAUGGCCAUUGGAUUAAACUAGUAUUAUACAGUAUGUUAGGUUAACACCUAAUAUACAGUAUAAUACUAGUCUAAUCACACCUAACACUUACCGAAUUGCCGAAUUUACGAACCGAAUCCAACCGAAUCCAGCCGAAUUUCUUCGAAUCCGAAUGAAUCCAAAACUAAUCCGAAAUGAAUCGAUUCGAAAUUUUCCGAAUUCGAAUCGAUCCGAACCGAACUUCGAAAAAUUCCGAAUCGAUCCGAACCGAAACAAAUUUUUUCGCCAUGCACAUGUCUAGUUUAAAUCCUUUGCAGGGGUUAAACACAAAGUAAAAUAAGAGAAUUCUAUUUUUUAAAUGUAAUGAAUUUCCCUUCCUCACUGUGGUAUGAAAACUACAUAGACCAGCUUUUACUAAGCCAUUCCUAGAAGACCUGCUGUUUGACAUAGUAAAGCUGCUUGAAUUACAUAAAUUAUGUCACAAGAAAAUCGGAGACAGGUAUUUAACUAAAAGGAAAACAUGGAAAUUUGUUUGAAAAUAAUAUCCUCUAAUAAAGUAGAACAUUUAUUUUUUUUACAUUCAAAUGUCUGAUUAAUAGAUUGACCAACAGUUUCAUUAAAGGGACAGUAAGGCCGCAAUUACACUUAACUGGCAUGGAUACAGCAUGAUAGUUUAAACCACUUUCCAGUUGACUUAUGCUUAGUUCUCUUAUUAUACUUUGUUAAAGAGUAAUCCUAGGUGAGCUUAGGAGCGUGCACAUACCACUGUCUUUAGUCAUCUGGCAGCAGUGUUUGCAACAAUGCUUAUAGCAAUGUUAUACGUAGUUGCAAACACUGCUUUCCUAAUUUUCUUAUUAGCCUAUUAUGUUUACUCUUCAACAAAGGAUUCCAAGAAUACAACGCAAAUUUGAUAAUAGAAGUAAAUUGCUUAAAAUUACAGGCUCUAUCUGAAACAUUACUUUACUGUCCCUUUAAAUUAAUUACCUCUGUACUUGUUAAAUUUAUGUGACAUUGCUAAUGUAUUUUUUUUAUUAAACACAAUGAUAUAAAAAUGAAUAUGCAUUUAGGAUGAAGCAGUAACAUAUCUAGAAUAGAAACUGGUGUCUGUCUAUACUGGGUGAUUUAUUUUGUUACAUAAUGGACAUAUAUACUGUAUAUGAACUGUGUAAACCUAUACAUCACUAUUGUACAGUCUUUUGCUACUAAAACUGUUUAAACUUUGAUGAUUCAGCAACAGAAAGCAAUUGUAAGAAAUGUUUCAAUUUGCAUCUAUUAUAAAAUGUAUUUAGUAGGAAUGCGCAUUCAUGUCUUUCAUGAGGAUCCGAAUACAGAAGUAAUCAGCGGCUCAUGCCCUUCAGAGAUAUUUGUGUAGCCGGAUUGAUUCUUGUAAAAGAUCCCCACUCUAAGAUCUAGAUUUGCAGAGAUGAAUUUAUAAAUUUACAGUGUUAUAUUUUUUCUUUUCAUUAGAUAUGUGUAUUGUCCCAUUUGUGUUUUAUUUAUAGUCUAAUUAUAUUUAAAUAGAUAAUUGCCCAGAAAAUAUAACAAAUGGAAAAACAACAGUUUGUAAUAAAGUUAAUAGAUAAGAGAAAUCAAAAUACCUAUUCAUGUUACAAUGUUUUACUCUUAUGGUUUGUUAUUUUAAUGUAACCCAAAAAUUGUCUUAUGUGAUUCAGACAAAGCAUACCAUUUUAAAAGAGUUUACAAUUGACUUCUAUUAUCAAAUUUCCUUUGUUCUUGUGAUAUUCUUUGUUGAAGAGAUACCUUGAUAGGUAUUUGGAGCACUAUAUGGUGGGAAAUAGGGAUGCCAUUUAGUGCUCUUGCAAAUGGAUAACAUUCUUGCAAAACUGCUGCCCUAUUAUUCUCCAUAUGGUUUCUAAGCAUAUGUCCCUGCUUUUUAACAAAAGAUACCAAAAGAACAAAGACAAAUUUGAUAAUAGAAGUAAAUUAGAAAGUUGUUUAAAAUCACAUGCUCUAUCUGAAUCAUGCAAGAAAAAUGUUGGGUUUCAUAUCCCUUUAAAGGGAUAGUAAACGUUCAGAAUAAUAUUAUACAAUUCUGCACACAGUGCAGAAUUGUAUAACAUUAUUUUAGCAGUAACUUAAAAAAUUUAAAGUAUUUUCAGAUUUUGAAGUGUAAAUUUGGACUCCGCUCCAAAAUCUACUGAGCGGGUCUUGGCUAUCCAAAGUGCUAUGCGGGCUCGCUGGCUAGUCACAGCACGCCCGGUCGCGCUAUUGGACUAAAUGUAGCUCGCUCCCGCUCUGGUCUAGUAGUAGGAGCGAGCUACAUUUAGUCUAAUAGCGCUACCGGGCGUGCUGUGAUUAGCCAACAAGCCUGCAAAGCACUUUGUAUAUAUUACUGUGUGCAAAAUGAUAUAACAUUAUUCUGAACGUUUACUGUCCCUUUAAGCAUGUCUAUUAUAAUGAUUCAAUGCCUACUUAGGAGUUUGACAUUAUUUAAAAUGUGAUACUGUAUCUGUAGCGUGUAAUAUUUAAAAUAACUAAUUAUUUUAUUAUAUACAAUUUUUUUGUUUGUUUUUUUUACUGUGCAUUCCAUAUUAAAAUAGAAGUUUUUUCCAA